AUGAUGGGACGCUCGAUUCAUGAGGCAACACUCAGGACUCCUUACGUUGCAUCCCCCGUCUCGGCCGAGUCAACUCCAGCAGGCCGCGUUGCAGCUUUGUCUGAGCACAAACGACAAAUCGAAGCCGAGCUAGGCCAGCAAUACGACGUGCUAUCUGCUAAUUCGAUCGACCUGAGUUCACCAUUGACCGACGCAAGUGGGUUUCCCCGAGACGAUGUUCCUGAUCUGGCUUCCGUUCGAGUAGCAAGGGCAAGAAUCUGCGAACUGAAAAACGAUCAUCGAGCGAUUGUCGAUCAACUGGCACAAACAUUACCACUACUUUUGCCCAAGGAAGGCGAUUCCUCUGCACCUCCUUCGACAAAAGACGUCUCAACAAACGGUUCUUCGUUGAGCUCUAUGAUACCUUUUGCUCAGGUCGACGUCGUUGCACCCGAUUCACCUGCUCAACAAGCCGGCCUGAAAAUCCAUGACCAAAUAGUGCGUUUUGGACACCUGAAUGCUCAGAACCAUGAUCGGUUACAGGCUCUCGGUAAACUGGUUGCUGAGAAUGAAGGCAGAAGUAUCACUGUAGUCUGCUUUCGUUUCGAGGAAGGUAAAAAAACUAUGAUCUCCAAGGAACUCAAGCCUCAUUCUGGCUGGGGAGGAAGAGGAUUGUUAGGCUGCCACAUUGCCCCGGUGUAG